CCUCCACCUUCUCAAAGUCCCAAACCAUUGAAGCCAAUUUUCUCUCUCUUCGUUCUCUCAAUCAUUCUCUGCUCCUUUUCACUCUCUGGGGUCAGGGCCAAUCAUCGCCACGCUCUUGCUCUGCACCCUUCUCUCCUUCUCCCUAAAGAUUCCCCAUUCUGUUCCCAUCACAGACAUUACACAUACACACUCCUGUUUCCUCCACUUGUUUGAUUGCAACACGUUUUCUCUUCAAUUUGUUGCCUACCCAUUUGGUUUUAGGCGCCGAAGGACCGAAUUGCUGUCCCCAAGCCCUUCCUUUCGGUCCCUUCCUAAAGCUCUAGGGUUUUCUGAUCCCUUUUCAGAAGGGUGAUGCGAUGAGGCAGGCUUUUGAUCCUUCUUCUUUUGGUCCUUCCAAGAUUCCAUCUAUAAAAAUACCUGGAAAAUUGGGGAAUGGUACGUGGGAGGCUUUGUCUGGAUCUGAUUCCUACCAUGCUUCAUCUGAUGCUAGCCUCUUUUCUAGCUCAUUACCUGUACUUCCGCAUGAAAAAUUGAACUUGAAUGAAACUGAAAAUGGUUAUCAAUCUGUUGAUGACAUCUCAUCUGAAUUUAAGAAGGUCCAUCAAGAUGCAGAGGGAGAUGGUUCACUUGAAGAUGGUGGUACUCAUGCUGUUGGACCUGUGCUUCCUGAUGACGAGGAGGAGCUUUUAGCUGGCAUAAUGGAUGAUUUUGACCUUAGUGGAUUGCCUGGAUCCCUUGAGGACUUGGAAGAGUAUGAUCUGUUUGGUAGUGGUGGAGGUAUGGAACUAGAAACUGAUCCGCAGGAAGGUCUCUCUGUGGGUAUUUCUAAGUUAAGCUUUGCUGAUAGUACUGUUGGCAAUGGUUUGCCUCAUUAUUCUUUUCCUAAUGGUGUGGGAACUGUUGCUGGAGAACAUCCAUAUGGAGAGCAUCCUUCUCGAACAUUAUUUGUUCGUAAUAUUAACAGUAAUGUGGAGGACUCGGAGCUGAGAGCACUUUUUGAGCUAUAUGGUGAUAUUAGAACCCUAUAUACUGCAUGCAAACAUCGGGGUUUUGUUAUGAUAUCCUAUUAUGACAUCCGUGCUGCUAGAACAGCUAUGCGAGCAUUACAAAACAAACCUCUGCGGCGCAGGAAACUAGAUAUUCACUUCUCAAUACCAAAGGAUAAUCCAUCAGACAAGGAUAUAAACCAAGGAACAUUGGUAGUUUUCAAUCUGGAUCCAUCGGUUUCAAAUGAAGACCUCCGCCAAAUAUUUGGGGCUUAUGGAGAGGUCAAAGAGAUAAGGGAAACUCCUCACAAGAGGCAUCACAAGUUCAUUGAAUUUUAUGACGUCAGAGCUGCAGAAGCAGCUCUGAAAUCAUUGAACAGGAGUGACAUAGCUGGUAAACGCAUAAAGCUUGAACCUAGUCGGCCUGGAGGAGCUCGAAGAAAUUUGAUGCUCCAGUUGAACCAAGAGCUUGAUCAAGAUGAAUCUCGGAGUUUCCGAUAUCAAGUGAGUUCACCUGUAGCUAACUCUCCUCCAGGUAACUGGUUACAGUUCAAUAGCCCUGUUGAGCAGAAUUCAAUGCAAAAUAUCAGUCAUUCUCCUGGUUCUAGAAUCCUGAGCCCAACAACAGGCAAUCAUUUACCUGGAUUAGCUUCAAUUUUACAACCACAGGUAUCUAAUACUGUGAAGGCUGCUGCUAUUGGCAAUGACUUGGGAAGAAGCAGUCAAGGAGAGAACAUAUUUACUGGUUUGAGUUCUUCACAAGGAGCUAGUUUUCAAUCACAUUCACUCCCUGAGCCAAAAUUCAGCCAGUAUCGUGGAGCGUUGUCCUCAUUUGUGCCAUCAACAUCAAAUGGAUCCUCAGUGGAAACUUUGUCAGGGCCACAGUUUCUAUGGGGAAGCCCAACCCUCUACUCGGAGCAUACCAAACCUUCAGCUUGGCCAAGAUCAUCUGUGGGGCAUCCAUUUACAUCGAAUGGAAAGAGCCAUGCCUUCCCAUUUUCUACUCAGAAUAGCUCUUUUGUUGGUUCAUCACAGCAUCAUAACAAUCAUCACGUUGGCUCUGCUCCAUCCGGUUUGCCUUUUGAGAGACACUUUGGUUUCCAACCCGAGUCAUCUGAAACAUCAUUCAUGAAUAAUGUUGGUUAUGGAGGCAUGAGUUUAGGGCACACAGAUGGAAAUUACAUGGUUAAUGUGGGUGGAUCUGUUAAUGCUAACAUUACUAUCCCAAGAAAUAUAACUGAUAAUGGGUCAUCAAACUUCAGAAUGAGAUCUCCCAGGCUUAGCCCUGUGUACUUGGGAAAUGGUCCUUAUCCAGGACUUUUACCUUCCACUUUGGAGGGUUUGGCUGAUCGUGCUCGGGGUAGAUGGAUAGAGAACAAUGUGAGCCAGGCUGAUAGCAAGAAGCAAUUUCAGCUUGAUUUGGAUAAAAUUAAAAGUGGUGAAGAUACAAGGACUACAUUAAUGAUAAAGAAUAUUCCAAACAAAUACACCUCAAAAAUGUUAUUAGCCGCCAUUGAUGAAAAUCACAGGGGUACUUACGAUUUUCUCUACCUGCCAAUUGACUUUAAGAAUAAAUGCAACGUCGGCUAUGCAUUCAUCAAUAUGCUGUCACCUUCUCUUAUUAUUCCAUUCUACGAGACAUUCAACGGGAAGAAAUGGGAGAAAUUUAAUAGUGAAAAAGUUGCUUCUUUGGCAUAUGCUCGAAUUCAAGGAAAGACUGCCCUUGUGAGCCACUUUCAAAAUUCAAGUUUGAUGAAUGAAGAUAAGCGAUGUCGUCCUAUUCUUUUCCACUCAGAGGGUUCUGAAGCGGGUGAUCUGAUUGUGCAAGAGCAUCUUCCCGCCAACCCCAACAAUGUAAACAUUCAGGGACUAAGGUCAAGUGAGUUACAUUCAAGUGAUUUUGCAGGGAGCCCUCCAAACACAGACCCUUCUGCAAACUUGGAUGCAAAAUAGCGUAAUUUAUAUUAGAUGCAGAGUUGCUUAGUCCAAAUGGGUUGGUGUUAAAUGUUAACAUUUGCAAAUAUGUCUCUGGUGCUGCAUAUAUUUAGGAAGGAUAACAGAAGGAUGUAGAUUUUGUACCAUAGUUAUUUUCCCAAGUAUUUUGCCAGCAAGCUUUAGAAGCUUGGAGCAUUUUGAUUGAUUUGCUGCACAGGUAGCUGAUCUGAUUGUGUACACAUGGUGAAGGUGGUGGGAGCAAAGGCUGAAGAAGAGUUGAGCAAAGGGGUUUGUUUAUCUCCAGUUUUUGCUCGUUUUUGCUUUUUGGUGUCUUGUCAUCGACCAUUUUUUUUUCCCUUUUCCUUUCUGAAAAAUGUUAAUAUGGGGUAGAGUUAAGUUUGGUUGGAGUUGAAAGUUGGGAAGUUCAGGUGGGGUACAGAUUGUAUAGGGAGAAAUAAAGACCUGUUUCUAUGUUUCCUCUAAUGAUGUUUUAGCACUAUUGAAAACCAAGUGUAAAACGCAUAUUUAAAUAUGAUGCUGUACAAGUUGCUCACUA